AGCGUCGGAUGAUUACGCGAGGGCGGUGCCAAGUAGGAGAUAAGCGACGACGAGAACCUCACCGGUAGUUGCAUCCUUUGCUUUAACCAUUUAUAAGCACCUUGUUUAGCUACCGUUAGCCGUUUAUACCAACCAGCUCACAAACAAUUUCUGUUUUUUUUUUGUAUGUCACGAAUUCCAUUCAUAUCUGUCAAGAAUUCGAAACGGAAAAUAAACCACAUUAUGGAGACGGAGAUACACGUGCCUGUGGGGUCGCCGGUAAUUCGAAAAUUCCCGAUUUUCGUGGAGGAACAUAACGUAACCGAUGGGGCAAUGAAGCUGGUAAAGCAGCUUCGGCCAGCGUGGGACAUAAACCAUGUCAAGACCAAGCUCUUCACUGAUGGGACCACUAAUAAGCUGGUGGGUUGUUAUGUGGAUGCCAGUCCAGAGGACGUGGUUCUGGUGCGUGUGUAUGGGAACAAGACGGAGCUGAUCGUCGACCGAGACAACGAGCUCAAGAGCUUCCAGGUUCUACAUGCUAACGGCUGUGCGCCGCGCCUAUACUGCACCUUCCAGAAUGGCCUCUGCUACGAGUUCAUGCAGGGGGACGCCCUCGGAACACAGGACGUCAGGGACCCGAUCUUACUCAGGCUAAUAUCCAGGGAGAUGGCUCGUAUCCAUGCAAUCCACGCACAUAACGGCUGCAUCCCCAAACCCAACCUGUGGAUCAAGAUGAGGAAAUAUUUCUCUCUGGUCGCCACCGAGUUCACAGAGCAAGCCUCCAACGCCAGGAUCCAGCAGGAGGUGCCCAGCCAGGCAGUGUUGGAGCAGGAGAUGGUGUGGAUGAAGGAGCACUUGUCUCAGCUGGGCUCUCCUGUGGUGCUCUGUCACAACGACCUGCUCUGCAAGAAUAUCAUCCACAACAGCAAAGAAGGCCAUGUCCGGUUCAUAGACUAUGAAUACUCUAGUUACAACUAUCAGGCCUUUGACAUCGGGAACCACUUCAACGAGUUUGCUGGUAUGAGUGAGCUGGACUAUGGGCUGUAUCCUAGCCGUGAGAUGCAGCUGGAGUGGCUGCGUGUGUAUCUGCAGGCGUACAAACUGUCCACUAAGAAAGGAGAGGAGGUCAGCGACAGAGAGCUGGAGAGACUCUACAUACAGGUCAACAAGUUUGCUCUGGCAUCACACUUCUUCUGGGGCUUCUGGGCACUCAUCCAGGCCAAGUACUCCUCCAUCGAUUUUGACUUCCUGGGGUAUGCUGUGCUGCGCUUCAACCAAUACUUCAAGACCAAACCUGCAGUGAUGGCUCUACAGAUCCCAGAAUGAGAGGAGAAGAAGAGAGGGACCCCAUCACUGGCACUGACCAGAGGAGCAGACACACUUUGAGCAGGAGAGGGCUGUGCUGGGGGAUGAGGGACAAAAGUUGGGGUUGAGCAUUAUUAAUGGGGUCGAGGGGUGGGGUAAAUAACAUUUAGAGGGCCGAGUGUGGAUGGACCACAACAUUUUUUCCAAACUCGGUCCCUGGCAGCAAGCGCAAAUACUAUUUAAUUCCUCUUCAACUCUGUCCACCUCUGUCUCACCAGUCAAGCUCAUCAAGAUUCCCCAAAACAGCCAGGGGUGGUCUGUGUGUAAAUGUGUCUUUAUUUAUUUAUUCUGUGAAGAAUUGAUUGACCUACUGACGUAAGAUUCAUUCCCCAGGCAGACGGGUAGCUGAAACACUAGCUGAGUCCGGGAGCAUUUGGUGCCAACAUGGAGAACAGUGUGCAGACAGUUCUGUAUUUAUGGGCUCUGAGUUUUCCCUGUGGUUGUGUUCAAGGCGUGUAGUGUAGGAGAGAGGGGCUAGCCACGGCAAGACAGUGAUAUGGUCGUUUACUAAUGUCUGUGACAGCAGAGCUGCCUCUGUGGCCAGGAGCAGCUUUGUGUCACUGGUGCUAGACUUUAAACCAGGGCCCUGUUCUCCCUCUGCCUCUUUUCCACCACUUUAGCUUUUAUAGUUAUGGUGACUCACUCUGUUAAACUUUGCACUCUGACUACUCUGAAAAUCACAACCUCAAUCACCCCUGCCUUCCCCAGUAUCUGACCCCUCUUCCUCUCCCUUUCUCUCACCUCCCUCUGCCCUUUUACACUUCCUCCUCUCUCGACUCUCUUGAUUGGCUGAGGUGGUGGAGGGACUUUUGCCUGAAGUGCACAUAUUCACUGUAACAUCCCAACCUCCAUCCAUUCAGUCAUAACUUCCCUAAAAAGGAGCCAGAAUCUUAUACAAUAGGUUAUUGCGUAAACUGUCAGAGCCAGUGCUUCAAAGGGUGUGGAAUCACUAACCCCAAUGUUGUUCUGAAGCUUAUCAGGAUGUGAGUGAGGUGGCCAAGGACAAGACAGCAGGGUAAAGUCCACACUGAGCCAGCAACCACUUCCUUCUCUGACUGACAUCAUGAUCUUUGGAGGAACUCUUAACACCUUCCUUUAUCCCGGUCCCCCCUCCCUUCCUCUCAGAUCAGAAGAUCAACAUGUAAGGGGAAGUAGAGGAGAGCCGUAUUAGGAUAUCAUAAGCCUGUCCUGUGAUCCCUGGCUGUCUCCUGUUACUGACAGGGUUAAUAAUUCACCAAUAUAGGAGGCUGCCAACUCUAUGAAGGUGUUGAAGAGAAGGACUGUUGUGAUGAGUCACUAGCCAUGCUUGCCAGGCCUCUUAGUUCCCCUAGCACACUCCAAAAUGUGUUGCCUGGCUACACGGUGAGACUGAUGAGCAGCCUCUUGGCUCUCAGGAGAGCUUGCCUUUUUGUCCCUUGUCACUAGCUGUACGGGCAGGGAGGGUCGAUGCCAUUUUCACCAACUCUUGUCCUGGAGAGCUACAGUCUAGACACAUGAUUCAACUAAUCAUCAUUAUCCUGGUUAAUUUAAUCAUGUGUGUUAGUGCUGGGCUGGAACAAACCUGCACACCCUGUAACUGUCCAGGACCAGGGUUUUUGACUACUGGAAUAGUGUUAAGCAGAGCAUCUGCAACAUAGCAGUAGAUUGAUGCAACAAAUGGAAAUGACUCAUACUUGAUGUAGGAUUGUGUCUAUUCUAUACAGUACAUUUCUAUCUACAACAUUCCAAACCAUUUAUGUCAUUGAGUCAGCGGAAUUGGUUGAGAGAAUCUUGUAGUGUUUCCUAAAUGGAUGGUCAAGGCCCUCUUGUAUACAUUUUUAAAGGCCGUUAUGGACAGAGACGACACUUUGAAAGGCUUCAGGUGAGUCACAGCUCACCACCAACUGUUCUAUGUCGGCCCAGGGUUGAACUAACAGGUGACCAAGUGCAAUGAAUUCCUGUUUAUCGUAGAUGUACAUAUGUGAAUGUGUUUCCUUUGAGUUGACUGUAAAAUUUCAGUGAGACUAACUGUAUUCCUGUUAGGGUGCAUCUCAAUCAUCUUAGAGUGGAUUCCUUUCCUUCAUCUACACUAAUAGGAAACAAUUAGAUGGAUGACAAAUGAAUCCACCAUAUUGCUUUCAUCCUGUUUUCAGACGUGUGGUGCUGAAGGAGAAAAGAGGGAGACACUAGAUGGAGACUGACCAUAAGAGUAUGAGGGAGACACUAGAUGGAGACUGACCAUAAGAGUAUGAGGGAGACACUAGAUGGAGACAAGGUGGUCGAAUGUCAAGAUGUUCUAUGCACCAAAGCACUCCUGGUGGUCUGUGGUUACAUUCAACUAAACUAGUCAGACACUAGAUUGCCAAGCUACAACAAACAGAAGUGGCAACAUAGGUUAAUGGUUGAGAUUUGUGAUUAGAAAGCAACAGCCUACUUCAUGCUAGCAUGGCCAGAUAGAUGACUGUAAAUGUCUGCUUCCUGAAUGCACAACCAAAAAUGACCCUGGGUUUCAUGGAAAUGCACCCCAAUAAUUGAAGUGGUAGACCAACUACGGCAGGCUAGGGCUGCUUUCCUCUUCUUAAAUAUGCCCUUAACUCCCUUCACCAAAUGUAAACGAUUAUGCUUAUUGCUACUACUAGUCUUUUUAGAAACUCCCUCCAGCCUAACACCUAUCCAAUCCUCUCAGAUCUUUGAGGGCAAGCCAGCAGGAGCGGGUUCAAGAAUCGCAGUGCCCGUAGGUCUACUAGUAAAAUCUAUAAAGUAGCGUUUUUAUACACUACUACAGCACAUGCCUUCACUGGACAAACGUUGAAAGAGCUUUUGAAUGUGUCCUAGAAGACUUUACAUUUGAAGUAAAGGAAGUAAGUUCCCCAUUUAGAAAAAUAGCCAUUAAUACACAUGUAGGAAGUUAAAUGUGCACUAAUGUGGGACUUGAUUUUAUUCUUUCAACAUAACCCUGUGGAUAUGUGCUGACUGGAAGGGUUACAUCCUGACGGUGGUAAUUGUAGACUAGAGAUGUGUUGAAGGGUGUAUUCAUGUUUUCAUUUUACGUUUUCUAUAUACACAUACCAAAAUGGUUAGCUUCAUAAGGCUUGCAGUUCAUUUGCAAAUAACUUAAACACUACAGAAAACUAGAUUCUACUUUCUCCAUAAUUUCUUUUUUGACUGUUGAAUUUUAGGUGAGUGUAGGGAGUCAGCGGUUGUAAAUACUAAGAAAUACUGUGAAUCUGACUGUACAGUGAUCCUCCACACUUGAGUGCUGGGGAGAGUAACAUUGGUCAGUAAAUAUUUCCAUUAAACGUUGAACUAUU